AAAAUCUGCUAACUGACACCAAACAUGAUAUUUUCAUUUUUGUCACGUUAACCACAAUAGCAUAUGGAAUGGAAAUGAAAACGAGGCAUUCAUGUAAAAAAAGGAAGGCUUAUAGUUAUGAAGAAGAUAUGGAUAUGAUUAAUUAUAUAAACACACAUAAUAAAUUUAUAUUUAUUAGUGGUAAUGAAAUGUGGGAAGAAAUGCAAAUUAAAAAAAUUACUUGCCAUUCUGCAGCUUCAAUGAGAACCCAUUUCUUGAAAAUUAUAUUAAAAAAUAUUGACAAAUAUUCAUUAUCUGAUGGUGAAAAAAACAGAUUUUUAUCUAUCUUGCCUUUUAAUAUAAAAGACUCACAACCACUCAACAAAUUAGGUAACACGUUAAAUGUUAAAUGUAGAGAAAGCAUUUAUAUCCAAUCACCCCCAUCAAAAUCAGAGAUUUCGAAUAAAAAAUUUGAGACAAAAAAUGGUCAUAAUAUUGGUGAAAAAAGGCACAAUACUACUCAGAUCACGAGCUUAGGCGAAAUGAUACCUUUAACUAUAUGUCACACUCCACCAUUAUCUUUACCCUUACUCAAUUGUUCAAAUGAAUAUGAUUUACGGAAACUAACGCCUACCGUUAAUUAUAAUGAUAUCAUGGAUAAUGAAAAUAAUGAUGACCCUGAUAUUCCAUCCUCCUCAAAAUCCCCCUCUUACAUAGUCUCGAAUGACCAUCCUCACGAGAAUAAUUAUAAUAAGCAUUAUCGGCAUAUUGAUAUAUGUUCUGAUAGUAAAUUUUAUUCAGUUGUUGAUGAUGAUUUAAACGAAAGACUGUUCAAACCAUCGUUAGUCCCUCUUCAAGAUAUAUUUUCUGGAGGUUUUAUAAAUUACGAUUAUAAUAUUAAUACUACGAUAACAUCUUCCACGCCAAUAUCUAAACGGCAAAGAUGCUCAAUAAACGAUGAUAUUAGUGUAAACUCAUCUCAGGCUAUAGAAAGCGAUGAUAUUUUGUCGGUUUCUGGAAUAUUUCCCGCUUUGUACAAUAAAUGCAAAUCUUUGAAAAUAAAUCUUCAAAGUGAGAAUGAUAAAAUAACCCACAAUGUUAACGCUGUUACUAAAGCUCAAAAAUUUGUGUUAUUGCAAGAAUUUUGCCAAACUCUUGAUUUAUCACUGCGGGAAAUUUUGGAAUUUAUAAUAGACCAAGCUUAGAUAAAAUUACUAUAGAAAUGUUAUCCUUGAUAUUUUUAAUUUGUUAGUUAUUCUUAGCGAUAUAUUCGAUUGCUAUUAAUUUUUAUAUAAACGUUUUAUUU